CAAACAAACCGUCGAAACGUCAAUCGCAAAACAAUUUUCGCGCGUGUUAUUGAAGAAAUUAAGAAAUGGAAUCUACCGUAUCGGUUUCAAAGGGUGUUUUCCUAUUCACAAAUGGAUUUAAAAAAGGGAAAACUAGUAAGAAGAAAAGCAAUCAAGCAUUGUUUGAAAAAAUAUUCAAGAAUGAACCUUGGUAUGAUACAUACAAACAGAACUGGUAUUAUAUUGAAAAUGAAUUACAGGAACUACAUCACAGGACACAUAGUUUUUUGCUGAACGAUAUAGUGAAUUAUAUCAAGAAUCAUGGCAUCAGUGAAUCAUCAACUUUGGAAGGAAUUAUUCCUAGCGCUACCCUGUUGACUGGAGUCAAUCAGCCAGAUCAUGUUUCACAAUUCACAUCACUCAUUGAUAUUAUCAGACAUGAAGUAACUCCACAUGUGGCACUAGUCAAUUCACAAGAUGCACCUAGUGUGAAACAUCUUGUAGAGAAUGCUGUUUGGCAGCUUAUACACGGAGAUCAAGUUUUGGAUAAUGAUGACGAAGAAGGUGUCACCACUCAAACAAAGAAGUUAAGAAAGAAUCAAUGUACAAUGAAAGCCUUAAACAACUGGUACAACACUAAAUGUAUGUCAUCACCAACAAAGAAGAAAUCACUGCAAACCAGGAAAACACUGGUUAUUAUAAUCCCUGAUUUUGAGAGCUUCAACUGUAAUGUUUUGCAAGACUUUGUGAUGAUUGUCAGUUCCUAUGUAUCAACAAUGCCGAUAGUAUUCAUUUUCGGGGUGGCGACAUCAGUGUCGGCGCUACACAAGUCAUUCCCCUACCAUGUAUCGUCUAAACUCUUGAUCAAAGUUUUCCACUCACAUGCAUCACCUGUUUAUAUGAAUCAAGUGCUAGAAGAUAUUUUCUUAACACAUACAAGUCCUUUUCAUUUAUCAGGCAAGGCGUUCGAACUGCUCACCGAUGUGUUUCUCUUCUACGAUUUUUCUGUAACUGGCCUCAUUCAAAGUAUAAAGUACUGCAUGAUGGAACAUUACUAUGGAGAUAACAUAAAAUCAUUAUGUUGCGACAGAGACAAACUAGAAGAUGUCAUAAUGCAGCUCAGUGCGGAAGACCUCGAAAGUAUUCGACAACUGAUGUCUUUCAGACCAUUCUUAGAAAAACAGGAUUGUAGGACCAAGAUCAGUCUGUUCAACGAUGAUGAUUUCUUUAAAGAAGCUCUUUACAAGGAGAUGAAUAGAUUGCACGAUUAUUUAUAUAGUUUCUAUAUGUGUUUGAGACUGUUAUGCGUGUUCGUAAAGGAUUUGCCUAAGAAUAUGCUGGGAAAAUCUGUCCGUGAGAUAUACACGAAAUGCGCCUCAGAAAAUGUAACGAGCACAACAGCGUUUAAAGACUGCAUGCAGCUAUUAAAGUUUCAAUCACAAAUCAAGUUGGUUGAAAGUAUUAAAAGUGCUUUGAAAAUUGUCAACACGUAUUUACAAGAUGCGUCGCCAGUCAAACCUUUGCGUUCUACCCCUUCGAAGAACAAUCUUAAUAAGAUCACGUUGAGCGAUGAUCUUGGCGAAAAUUUCGUCAAAUCUUUGAGAGUACAUUUAUUAACGUUCCUAAGGCAAAUAGAACAUGCUAACACAGAAACUACUGUUACCACAAGUGCAGUGUCGGACUCUGAAAAUGCAGAUGAAAAUGUUCCUGGUAAUAGAUAUAAGUUGAAAGAGAAAUUGUUAAAAGCAACAAGGGUGGACCGUGUCCAGUCGGAAUUUGAGAUGGUUCGGAGUAGGUUCGUGAGUUACUUGGAGGAGAUGUUUAGUAAAGGGCUGCUGCCGAUGCAGGGGCAAGCAUUCCAUGAAGUACUGGCCUUCAGUGACGUGGCAGCUGUACGGAAGAAUAUAGUGGGUGCGCCUCGAGCCGCCGUCCAUACGGCGCUCAGCAACCCCGUACAUUACUUACAGUGUUCCUGCUGCCAAUUGCCAUCAUCAGACAGUGUAAUAGAUACAUUACCGGAUGUAUGCCUUGCGUACAAAUUACACCGCGAGUGUGGCAAGCACAUCAAUCUAUACGACUGGCUGCAAGCUUUCGCUGCAGUACUCAGACCUGAUGAUGACGACGAGCAACGACACAACGAUCCUGCCAUACAGUUACGUUUUACUCGCGCUGUAGCUGAACUACAAUUCCUCGGAUUCAUAAAGUCAUCAAAAAGAAAAACUGAUCAUGUAAUGAGAUUGACUUGGUAAUUUUACUGUUCUACCAC